AUGCUUUUCAAGUGGCUCCUUCUUGCCGCCUUCGUCACUUUGGCUUGGUCAAAAUGCGAAGAUGGAGUGGAUAAUGUGAUUAAAUUCACUGAUACGACAAAAGGAAAGGGACCAAUUAUCUUGACUGAUUUCGAAGUGACCACUUAUGAUGAGAACAAGGAACCAUCUUGCAAGAAGGGACACGCUCAAUUCCGUCUUCCAGGACAUUUCAAACUUCACAAGGGAUUCGUCACUGUCAACGAGGCCGUCACUGAUGAUUCCAACUUGGAGCUUGCUUUGAACGUCGAGAAAGAUUCAUGGAUGAUCGGAAAAGUUUGUGUCAAUGGAAAAUCUGAGAACUCCUUCGUUCCAGAUCAACUUUGCAAAUUCCAACUUUGCUCUCUCGCCCCAACUGUCUGCUCUCUCUUGAAGGUUAAAACAAAUGGACCAGUUGACGUGACUCCAUUUGUUCAAAAAGAGCCAAUUGACAUCGGAGCUCUUCCAAUUCCACAACUCGGAGGAGACUGGAAGAUCGGAGGAAAAAUUACACAGAAUGGAAAGACAUUGGCUGGUGUCCAAAUUGGAAAUGGAAAGACGUGGUUGAAUAUUUAUUCGGAGGAAGGAAAGGGUUCAGUCAACUACGAUCCAGUGCCACCAGGCGGACCAAGCUUUGACCACAACGAGUUGUAG